GGCUCUUCCGCGCGGAGGAUCUGGUCUGGACUGCUGGAUUGAUCUGAGCUCAGCUUCGUGUUGAAUCUCCGCCGUUGUUCGCAGUCAUGAGCACGUUCGGCUCGCAGCGCGGCCUCAACAUGAUGGGACGCCGCACCGGAUCGCGCACCGAGCUCAAUCCAUACGCGCGCAGCGAGGUUCUGGUGCAGCGGGGGAAUAAUGGGUUGAAUCAGGAGUAUGUGGAGGGAUACAGCCACAGCUUCUCCAGAGGCUCGAUGAGCGCCGGCCAAGUCCCCAGCAUGAUGUCUGUGCAGCAGCAGAUAUCGUUACUACAGGCUCAGUGUCAGGAUUACCUGGACAAAGCAGCGUUUAUACUGAAGUCUGGUGGAGAUGCCAGUGCUUUUGCUGAAGUUCAGAACUGUAUAACGUGUGCUGCAGACAUCACUGAGCAGCUCAGAGGCUUCGCUAUGGACCUGAACCAGCAGAACCUGUCGUCUGAGAGCGUGGUGAGGAGUGUGAAUAUAUUUUCCGAGCAGAUCCACGAUCUCAGCAUUGCUCUGAACAGUCCUGUGCUGCAGCAGAAGUGGGGCAGCAGGUCGAUGCGGCGCAGCGUGAGCCGUGAAGAGCACAACCGCUGCUUCACCGAAGCCAUGUCCUGGAUCAUUCAGCAGAGGAGGCUGAUAGAGACGUCGUUGUGGGGAGAUGAUUUGAUGGCCAUCGAGCAGCAGAUAGCCAAUCACAGUGCGUUUCACAGCUCCAUCCAGAGAAGUGUGGAGGUGGAUCGAGCGCGAACGGAGCUGUUGCGAGGCAAAGACCAAAAUGCAGAACAGACCAAAUCCUGUCUCAACAAGCUGGAGCAAGAAUGGGACAGUCUACAGAAAGCCUCGUACCAGCGGAGCGUCCAGCUGAAGGACCUGCGGAGCAGCAUCGAGGAGAUCUCCGCUCAGAUCAUGUGGGUGAACGACCGAGAGGAGGAGGAGCUGGUGUUCGACUGGGGCGACAAAAGCAUCGACGUCUACAUCCCUCAGAAACAGGAGAGCUUCUCAAAACUCAUGAGUGAACUGGAGCAGAAGGAGAUCCAGCUGAACGUGCUCAAAUCGAAGGUGGACGGUCAGCUGAGAAACAAACACCCGGCGUCCGAUAAGAUCCAGGCUUACAUGGAGACGCUGCAGACGCAGUGGAGCUGGCUUCUACAGAUCACCAAAUGCAUUAACGUCCAUCUGAAGGAAAACGCACGAUACAGCCAGUUCUUCAAGGAGGCGAGCGAAAUGAACCUCAAACUGCAGAAAGAGCACGACAACAUCCGCAAGAACUUCUCCUGCGAUAAAUCCACCGCUCUACACAACUUACUGGAGCUGAUGCAGGGCCUGGAGAAAGAGCGCGAGCGUCUGGCGGAGCAGAGGGAGAUGGUCCAGCAGCUGGUGAUCAAAUCCAAGAGCAUCGCCAGACUGAAACUCAGAAACCCAGAUGAGAAGAUCACGGGCCAAAAUAUCCUCGUGCAGGCGCUGUGUGACUACAGACAGGAUGAGAAGACGAUCCGUAAGGGCGAUGAAGGGAUCCUGAAGGAUAACUCUGAGCGAACCACGUGGCAGGUGACGGGACCCGGAGGAAUGGACAUGCUGGUGCCUUCGGUCUGUCUGUUAGUGCCACCUCCAAACCCGCUCGCCAUCAGCCUGGCCAGCAAGAACUCUCAGUAUUACGAGGCUAUUCUAACCGUCUGGAAUCAGCUGUACAUCAACGUCAAGAGUAUGGUCUCAUGGCAGUACUGUCUGCUGGACAUCAAUCACAUCAAUUCACUCACCAUCAGCAUGCUUUCCAAAAUGGGUCCGGAUGAGUACAGCAGCAUCAUCCGAAGUCUGGAGCUGCACUUCCAGGAGUUCAAGAAACACUCGCAGGGUUCAGAGCUGUUCGGGGCCGAAGACUACAAACACAUCGAGAACCAGUAUACAGGAGCCCAGCAGCACUACAGCAAACUGGUGGUGGAUCUGCCCACGUACGCCACUCGAGGCGAGGGAUCUGAAUACGCGGCGGCCGUGAGCGUCAAACUGCUGAACGAGCUGAACACACUGCGACUGAAGCUGGACGGCGCAGAGUCGUCUCUCGUCACGUUCCUGUACAUCGCGCUAGGAGAAGACGCGCCGGAGGAGUGCGGACGCCACAUCGCCAGCACACAGGUCUUUCAGAAGAACGUGCAGACGCUGAAGGCCGAGUUUCAGAGCCUGAGACACAGCGUUGAGACCGAACUCAAAGACGCCGCGGACAGCGAUAAAGCCAGAUACCUGCGUGCACAGCUGGACUUCAUUAACCAGAAACUAGCUCACAUGGAGAACUACACUACUGCACACCUGCAGAGGUUGAAUUCACUGAAGGCUCUGCUGAAAGAUCUGCUGAAAGCUGAAGAUAUGGUGAAGGUUUAUGAAGCUCGGCUGACAGAGAAAGAGACGGCGUCGCUCGACCCGGACGAGGUGCAGAAAUACCAGAGAGAGCUUCAGAGUAUGUGCAGUGAUUUGGAGCAGAAGCAGGAUUUGCGGAAUUCACUGCUGGUCGAUUUGAAUAAAAUCCAGCAGUUUAACGAACAGACGGAUCAUGGCGGUUACAGGUGCAUCAUCAACCUCUUGCAGUACGCCGAGCACGUCAACCUGCUGUCAGACCGCUGGAAACGCAUCCAGACACAGAUCAACAACAGGCUGGACGAUCUGGACGCCUACCUGCCGCAUCUGCAGCGAUACCUGCAGUCUAGUUCUCAUCUCAGCGGCUGGAUCGACCAAACCCAGCGACAGAUCGAGUCUCAGCAGACCGUCAAGACCGAUGACAUCGCAGUUUACACACAACUCUUCAACCAACAGAAAGCGUUAAACUCUGAUAUAAAGGCGAAAAGAGAGCUGUUGGAGACGGUGCAGAAAGAUGGCGAAACCUGCAUAAAUGCCAUCAAGAACUAUGAGCUUGAGUUGGUGGCCUACAGCGCUGGACUGGAAACUUUGCUUAAAAUCCCCAUCAAGAGGACUGUGCUGCAGUCACCAUCGUCCUCCAUUUCAGAAGAGGUCUCUUCUCUAAAUGCACACUACUUAGAACUGCUCACCCGUUCAAGCGAUUACCACAAACUUCUUAUGGCUUCCCAGAAGAACAUGGAAGAAGUGAAGAUCCGGAAUACAAGGAUUGAGCUUCUCGAGGAGGAACUUCAGCAGCUGCGAGAUGCUAUUAAGGAUCACACUGCAACGAAUGCCUCUUUACAGGAAGCUCUUCUGAAAUACCAGCAGGAGCUGAAUGAAUCGCAGACACAUCUGCUAUCUCUGGAAGAGGUGAAGAGGACUGAGACUUUCAAGUGCAUGGCCACACAAGAGAGCCUUGACUCUUCUACCGGCCGCCUUCAAGAGCUUAUGGAUGAAGUACGUCGCCUCAAACUCCAGUUGGACGAAAUGGAGAGGAAGAAGAAAAUCGUGGAAGAGCGCUACACAUUUUUGCAGGAAGAACACGAUGAAACUAUGCGCAAGAAACUCAAGGAACUGGAGCAGGCCAGUUGGGCCAAGAUGGAGCUGGAAAAGACGGUGUCUGAAAGGACCCGAGAGCUGGAGCGUCUGCGAAGGGAGUUGGAAGACGAGGCUCGGCGUGUCAAGGAGGGGCAGGUGGAGCUGACAAAGGUAAGGCAGGAGCACAACAUAGAGAUACGAGAGGUGAAACAGACCUACGAGUCUCAAAUCCACGUUACUCAGACCAGCAUGCAGAAGCUUUCGCAGCAGAAGGAAAGUGAUGCUGCUUCCAUGAGUCUGGAGUUUGAAAGAUUAGAGGGAGAAUCUAGGGAGUUGAAGGAGCAGCUGCAAAGGCUUCGUAUCUCCCUCGGCCAGGAGGAGGCUCAGAGGAAGCACCUGGAAGAGGAGAUCCAGAGACUUAGUGCUGUAAGUACAGAGGAAGGUCGAAAGAGGCAUGAGCUGGAAUCUCAAGUCCAGUUGUUGUCUAGCCAGAAACGUGAAGCGGACAACAAAACAAGGGAGGUACAGGAGAGCUCCAAUCGGGCACUGCAAGAAAAGAGUAGUGAGAUCAACCGUCUCACACGCCUUCUUGAAGAGGAGCGACGUCUGAAAAGAUCUUUAGAGGCUGAGACCAGGCGACUCGAGGGGGAGUUGGCUGACCUCAAAACUAAGAAUGAAAACUGUAAUGUGGAGUUGGUGCAACUACGCUCUUCCCACCAGGAGUUGAGCCUCAUCCGGGUGGAGCUGGAGGCCCAUGCUCUUGAGAAGGGCCGGUCUGAACAGACUAUUACGCGCCUCCAAACCCGCAUUCAAGAGCUCCAGGAGGAACUGAAGCGACUGGAAAGUGAGUUAGAGAGGCAGCGGCAAGUGGUGGAAGAGGAGGCCAGCAAGCGCAGGAGAACGGAGGUGCAACUUGAAAAGAGCAGCCAGGCCAUGCGGGAGUACACUACUACAAUCACCACGCUGCGUAAGAGCCAGGAAGAGACCAAUCUUGAGGCCAAGCAUGUGGAUGAAGAAUGCAAGCAGCUGAAGGAGGCCCUGGACCAUGCCUUGAAGGAGCACAAAGCGUCUUCUCAGAGCCUUACCACCUUGAAAGCCGAGAUGAACACUUUGAAACUACAGCUGACGCAGGAGCAGGGGCGCGUCCAAGACUCCAACCAGCGCUACGAGGCCCUUCGUCGCAGCAUGGAAGAGAAGACUUGUGCGUUAAACGUAGGCACUGCUGAAACUGAGCGUCUGCAUAGGCUCAAUGAAACUCUUACCAAAGAUCGCCUCCGCCUGGAGGAGGAGUUGCGCUCUGUGCGUCUAGAACAUGAGGAACUGCUCAAAAACAAAAAGCGUGGCGAUCGGGAACUGACUGAGCAAAUUGCAGCUUUGCAGAAACAGCUUGAGUCCAGCCAGCGUGCCGGUGCAGAGCAUGACAGGCUUAUGCGACAGCUUUCACGAGAGAGAGAAAAACUGCAAGUGGAGAUAGAAAAUGUACAAAAACAAGCCAGAGAGACUUCCUCUGUGAUCCAAACAUCCCAAUAUCAGUGCAGCAGCCUGGAGCAAGAGCGGGAUGACCUCCUCAAGAAAAUGGCCGCAAUGGAACAGGAUAUGAUGCGCUUGAAAAAGCUGGAAGACGAGCUAGCCCACAUCAAACUCUCACUAGAAUCGGAACUGCGACUCAAAUCACAGCUGAAGGAGGACAAUGAGAGGAUCAAGAAGGAUUUUACCCAAUGGAAGACCAAAUGCGCGACUCACGAAGAGCAGAUUCGACAGCACAACUCGGAUCGCUCCGGCCUGGAGAGCCAAUUUAAUUCUGUCAAGGCCGAGAUGGAGAGGCUGAGGAUGCAACUGAAGGAGACUGAAGAACGCUACAGGCUGCUCUUGCAGAACUUGGAACGAGAGAGGGCAGAGAUGCAGGCGCUUCGAGACUCGCAGCAGAAUGAGCUGCUGAGACUGCAGCGGAAACCAGAUGGUGCUACCAAACACACUCAGACAAACCUAACGGAUGCCUCCUCGUUGGUCUUCGAAGGUGUCCGCAAGAAGGUCACAGCGCAACAGCUGCAUGACUGUGGUGUGAUUGACAAGGUGACGUUUGAGCAGUUGAUGAAUGGCCAGCGGACUGUCGAGGACGUAUCUGUUGACAUCAGGCUCAAUCUUAAAGGCACAGGAGCCAUUGCAGGGCUUGCAGAAGGACCCAAAGGCAAAAUGACCUUCACCGAGGCUAAAAAACAAAAGUUGAUUUCAGACGAGAGUGGAAACAUGUUGCUGGAGGCUCAAGCUGCCACAGGGUACAUCAUAGACCCCAAAGCAAAUGUGAGGAUGACUGUUGAGGAGGCUUGUCUGAAUGGACUUGUGAAUGAAGCUGACAAGAAGCAGCUGUUGACUGCAGAGGCCGCCUGCAUUGGGUUCAGGGAUCCCAAAACUGGUAAACUCUUGCCAGUAAGCCAAGCCAUGAAAAAAGGAAUAGUUAACCGAGAAUCAGCUCUGCGUUACUUGCAGGCACAAGAGGCGGCGGGAGGCAUCCUUGAUCCCAUCCUUAGCGUCUAUCUUUCCAAAGAUACUGCCAUGGACCGUGACCUUGUUGAUGAGGAUCUUUAUCAAGCUCUAAAUGCCAAACCUGAUUGCUAUAUCGAUCCCGACACUGGUCUACGUGCCAGCUACGUUACCCUCAAGAAGCGAUGCAAGGCUGACCUCAAUACUAGCUUGCUCCUGCUUCCAGCUCCAGAGAAACCCAUGACCGUACAGGGACUGCGCCAUGAAGUUAGUGUAUCAGAUCUGGUGGAUGCGAAAUUGCUGCAACCUUCGGACGUAGAUCAUCUGAGAGAGGGCAAGAUUACCAGCCAAGAUAUUGAACACAGGCUUCGGGCUUAUCUCCGAGGGUCAACCUGCAUUGCUGGGAUUUAUGACGAGGCCAACGACUGCACUUUGCCCAUCUACCAGGCCAUGAAGGAAGGGCUUCUGCGACCAGGCACUACCUUGGAGCUUCUGGAAGCCCAGGCUGCCUCAGGCUUCAUUAUUGAUCCCAUCCACAAUGAGUACUACACAGUCGAGGAGGCUUGUAAGAAAGGACUGGUGGGUGUGGAGUUCAAAGACAAGCUUCUGUCUGCAGAGAGAGCGGUAACUGGGUACAAAGACCCAGGCACCAACAAGAUGAUCUCUCUUUUCGAAGCCAUCGAACGUGGUCUCAUAGAAAAAGGUCAUGGCAUUCGCUUGCUGGAGGCUCAGAUUGCAAGUGGUGGCAUCAUUGACCCUAAACACAGUCACCGAAUUGACGUUGAUGUAGCGUACCAAAAGCUCUACUUUGAUGAAGAGAUGAACCAGAUUCUAAAAGAUGAGGGAGAUGACACAAAGGGUUUCUUCGACCCAAACACAGAGGACAAUCUAACCUACCUGCAGCUAAAGAGCCGUUGCAUUCCAGAUAAGAAGACAGGACUAGUGCUUCUGCCCCUUUACGAUAAGAAAAAGAUGCAGCAGAAGAACUCCACAAGGAAGAGACGAGUAUUGAUUGUUGAUCCUGAUAGUGGUAAAGAGAUGACGGUGCGUGAAGCCUACGAGAAGAAACUCAUAGACUACGAAACGUUUUUGGACUUGUCUCAGCAAGAAUGUGAGUGGGAAGAAACAGUCAUCACUGCUCCAGAUGGCUCGACCAGUACAGCAAUAAUGGACAAGCAAACAGGCAUUCAGUACGACUUGAAAGAACUGCUAGCUAAGGGAGUGAUUGACCAAAAUGUCCUUGAUAAGUAUCGCUUAGGAAAUCUCAGCCUUACCGAGCUUGCAGAUAUGAUCACCAACAAGACGAAGACCCUCAGCAAACCGCUCAGCUCCUCUGUCGCCUCAUCAUCUUUCACAUCCCAGACGUCAAUGAAAAGCCAGAUAAUUAAAACUGAAACUAUUAAAAAAGUCGAGAGUAUCUCCACUCAAGAAACCAUUCAAGAUCCAUCCUCAACAAACUCCAAGCAUAUUUCCAGCAUGUCAAUCAAACUGACCCCAUUAGUAGAAACGAUUGAGGAACAGAAUCCAGUUGGAGCAGUUUUUGACACAGAAAAGCUGGAGAAGAUCAGCAUAUGUGCCGCUCUGAAGCGAGGAAUCAUCGAUUCCAUCACAGCGCAACGACUCCUGGAGGCUCAGGCUUGCACCGGAGGCAUUGUGAGCCCUGAAAACGGUCGCCGUAUUUCUAUUCAAGAAGCGACCCGACUUGGUAUCCUUGAUGACGAAAUGUCUAACAGGCUAAAACCUGCCCAGAAGGCGUAUAUUGGUUUCGAAGAUGUGAAAACCAAGCGUAAGAUGUCAGCCGCCGAGGCCGUCAAGGAAAAAUGGCUGCCGUACGAAGCUGGCCAGCGCUUCCUCGAAUUCCAGUAUUUAACCGGCGGGUUGUUCGACCCAGAGCUUGGAUGCAGACGUUCGCUUGAGGAGGCUUUGCAGCUCGGCUGGCUGGACAUGAGAGCGGCUCAGAGGCUCCAGGAUACGCGCCACCACCCCAAGACCCUCACCUGCCCCAAGACCAAGCUGAGGAUAUCCUACAAGGAGGCUCUGGAAGGUUGCAUGACCGAGGAGAACACGGAUGUCCGCAUGCUUCCAGCCUCCACGGUUUCAUCACGUGGAAUCAGCAGCCCCUACAACCUCUCGAAUCCAGGAUCUGCCUCAGGCUCUCGAAGCGGAUCCCGUAGGGGCAGCGUAGACUACAGCUUAUCCCCCUCUUCGUCUUCCAGAUACAGCAGCUUUAGCUACAGCAGAACCUCUUUCAGCUCCAGAUCGCUCUCUUAAACAAUCAUUGUGUACUGUGCAAUGUUAUAUAACACAAUUAUCCAUCAAAGUAUUUUAAGAUAACAAUAUGAGAAAAUCAGUAACAUUUAUUAUUAGAAAUGUGGAUUGUGUUCUAAACGAAUCAGCAUUUUUUUACCACCUUGUCUGGAAAACUAAAAAAGAAGCAAUAGCGUUUAGUGUUCCUUAAAUCUAUAUUGAACGUAUUAGCUGAAACAAAAUAUACACUUUUAAUUUUGACUGCUUAUUCACAUUAUGGGUUUUUUUCUGCUUUUGAAUCUUAUUAAACAGAUAAAAGUUGUCUAUAACACUAGAUUUUGGGUAUGGAUGUAACUUUCCUGACUUGUUUUUACACUAAUACUAUUGAAUUGCUGUAUUGAAUUUCAGUGCCUUCACUUUACCUUUGUACUAGCCUGAAUUACUUUGUGAAGUUGAUCUCUAACACUGUCUCUGACAUUUUUCUUACGGUUUUAUUGCUCAAAUAAAGAAAGACCUCAUCAAAUCUA